GGCAGGGUCCCCAUUGCCUGCUGCGCACCCGGACUAGCGGCUGCCCUCGGCCUCCUCGCCAUGGACGCGGACGACUCCCGGGCCCCCAAGGGCUCCUUGCGGAAGUUCCCGGAGCACCUCUCCGGGCCGGCAAGGCCAUCGGCGUGCUGACCAGCGGCGGGGAUGCUCAAGAUGCGUCGAAAGGCCCGGAUGGCGGAUUUCUUCCCGUUUUGGGACCGCGCACUGCACAAGGAUGGAGCGGGGAUGGGCCCACGGCCCACGGCCCCGGUGACCUUCCCUUCGCCCUUGAGCGCCCGCGGGGCGGGCGCUGCAGGUUGGGGCGCUGUGGGCGCCGCCCCGCCCGUCGCCAGCGCCUACGUGAUGCCCGGCCCGUGGUCCCCAUGCGCCCAGGCCCCGAAAUCCGUAUGCCGCGCGCUCCCCAAGCCCGCAGCGCAGCCUCCCCAGGCCCAGCGCCCCCGGCGGGAGACGCCGGUGGCAGCGCCAGGCCCCGCCCCGCAGCCCGCCCCCCAGCGCCCCUGGGAAGUGCUCUGGCGUUAG